AUGGGCAGUUGCUCUCUAUACUUUGAGAGCAGGAGGGACUGUCUCGUUGUAUUGCAGCUGCUGUGCAACAAUGGUGUUGUUGCGGAGGGGUGUUGGGUGGGUGUGGUAGGUAGGGAGGGAGGGGGAGCAGACGAGCUACAGACAGUCUUCUGGCAGACUCGGGCCGGGCAACAUCGCUCCAACGUGGAAGUAACAAUUAAGCGGAUAAUAGUUAUAGUUAGCAGCCUGAAUAUGAGCUUAAAGAGAAAGAAAGUGCGGGGACUGAUGGCGACGGUGCCACCCUCCUUGGAGGGGGUGGGAGUUGGACACAGACUCCGCCACCACGGCAAACACCACCAAGGAGAGUUGUGGCGUGUCACCACCAUCAGUGACGUCAUCAACUCCACCAACAUCCCCACUGUCGACCGGCCAUCUGUUUGCUACUCCACCAAUGAGGUGCUGAUAAUAAUUGGACUGACUUGUGUCCUGAACUUGGCAUUUAUUGUUGUUGUGAUGACCUGCGUCCAUUUCUGUAGCAGUCCUACAGUCACAGAUAUAUCCAGAUUGGAGUCACUUAUUCUGGUGGAGAGCUCGACAUCAGAGUCAGAAUUAGAGGAAGUAGAAAGGAAGGAGAGAAACAUCAAAUUCUACAACUUUCCUCCGAUCUGCAAGUGUCAAUCUUUUGAAGACUACGUCAAGAUUUGUUCAAUUCCACUACAGAUGGAAGUCUCUCAAUCAUCGUCUUCCUCUAUGCUCUCCCUCCAAACCUUGGUGCCUCCCUACUGUGCGACUCCACCCUUGACCUCGGGGCCACUACCGAGGUAUCGGCAUGAGUCAACUGCGACCUCGGUCUCCAUGGAGAAUCUUCUGUUUGUAUAGCAAGACUUGAGUGUAUUUUAGUGAACAAAGUUGAUACCAAUGUAAGAUAAUAAUAUAUGAUUUAAUAAUAUUUUCUUCAUCUAUUAUGGUGUACAACUGUGCAAGGUAUUAGGUCCAAUAUUUUUCACACAUAGAAUUAUUUUUAAUAUAUAAACCCAUAAAACAUAAUAAUUAUAAUGAAGAUUUGUUAUUAUAAUAGAGUUGAGAUUAUAGAGACUACGGAGAUAAAUGGUUUUUGCAUUAUCAUACAAAAAAACUAUUUAUUAUAUUUUGUCAGUUCCCUUUUACACAAGUCAAAGGUAAUUUUUAUUUUUAUUUAAGUAUAUAAAAUCAAAUUCUUUACAUACUAAUUAAUCGUAAUGCAACUUUAGCUUACAUAUUUCAACAGAGUAUGAAAAAGUAAAUGUGUUACACUUCUAUAGAAUUACAGUUAGUUUUUAAAGUAAUACACGUUAUAUGUUUUAAGUACUUAAGAAUAAAUCUGCCAAGCAAGCAAUUAGUUUUCAACAGUGCAUCGUGACUUUCAAAGAGAUAAAUGUGUGUGAUAAGAAAAGAAAAUAUAGUCAUAGAAUUGGUCAUCUUCAAUGAUAUAAACAAAAACAAAACUUAACGUAAUACAAGAAAUCUUGAGAUAGUAGUGGUCUUUAUUCUGGAAUGGAAUACGUAUAUAUUGCAUGCAUUUAACUUCAUACAUCAUUUUUUCUUGCUGUAAAAUUUGGGAACAGUCAGCUUGUUUAGAUAGUGCUUAGUGCUGUCGAGACGUAGCAGAAAUUGGGUUUAUAUGGGUUAUUAUACAUUACUAAAACAUCAUUAUAACUCAUUUGUGCCCGCCGUCAUCUUUUUGGGAACAGUCAGGUCGGCUAGCUAGUGCUCAGUGCUGUCGAUACAUAGCAGAAAUCGGGUUUAUAUGGGUUAUUAUACACUACUAAACCAUCAAU